GAUGAUGUGAUGGUUAGCCUCUGAAUGAUGAUUGCGGAUGUUCGUACAUAGACUUCCGUGGACAGACUGCAUGAAUUCGGCGGAAGCUGUCGGCGAAGGGUGACCCGACUCUCCUCGUUUAUAUAGGAAAUAGUUCGUAUGUUUUCCGCAGAUGCUGUUUAGGUGACGUUACACUGCCGUUUAUUGGGAAAAAAACUGCCACAAAAAGCGAGCUUCGUUUGUACUGAUCUGCGAAUGUGAACAUUCAAAAUGGCAUCGCAGAGUACCAUGUGUAGUUUGGACGACAUCGAUUUGGCCAGUUUGCGGGACCCAGCUGGUAUCUUCGAUUUAAUGGAAGUGGUUGGCAAUGGCACAUACGGUCAAGUUUACAAGGGUCGCCAUGUGAAGACAGGUCAGCUUGCUGCCAUCAAAGUUAUGGAUGUUACAGAGGAAGAAGAAGAGGAAAUCAAAUUAGAAAUCAAUGUAUUAAAAAAGUACUCGCACCACAGAAAUAUUGCAACUUACUAUGGUGCCUUCAUCAAGAAAGGAAUCCGUGGUCAUGAUGACCAGCUAUGGCUUGUUAUGGAGUACUGUGGAGCCGGAUCAGUGACAGAUUUGGUUAAAGCAACCAAGGGCAAUGCAUUAAAAGAAGAAUGGAUUUCCUAUAUAUGUAGAGAAAUACUUAGAGGUCUCAGUCAUUUACAUGCUCACCACGUUAUACACAGAGAUAUAAAGGGCCAGAAUGUUUUACUCACAGAAAACGCUGAAGUCAAAUUGGUUGACUUUGGUGUUAGUGCCCAGUUAGAUAAAACAAUUGGAAGAAGAAAUACAUUUAUUGGUACACCAUAUUGGAUGGCGCCAGAGGUCAUAGCUUGUGAUGAAGAUCCAGCGGCUACGUACGACUACCGAAGUGAUAUAUGGUCACUAGGUAUAUCAGCAUUAGAAAUGGCGGAAGGAGCACCACCGCUGUGUGAUAUGCACCCGAUGAGGGCGCUGUUUCUCAUUCCAAGGAAUCCGCCUCCAAGGCUGAGGUCAAGGAAAUGGUCAAAAAAGUUUCACAAUUUUGGAGACCAGUGUCUUGUAAAGGACUAUACUAAGAGGCCAAACACAGACCUACUAUUAAAACAUCCAUUUAUACGUGAUCAGCCAACAGAAAGACAAGUUCGAAUACAGUUAAAAGAUCACAUAGACAGGACGAAAAGGAAGCGAGUUGAUGACUCAACCGAUUAUGAGUACCAUAGCAGUGAGGAUGAAGGCGAUGAUGAGGUCGCUGACCAGGGAGAACCAAGUUCUAUUGUACAGGCUCCUGGAGAGUCUACAUUGAGGAAAAAUUUUCAGAUGUUACAAGCACAAGAAGCCAGAGCCAGACGCUUACAAGAUGGUCCCAGUGCCUCUAAAUAUGUUCCCCCCAUGCAGCUCCGACCUAUCCCAAUACAGCCACCAAUUCGACCUCCACAGCAACCACAGCUCCAACAGCCACCUAGGGUACAGCAAUAUCAUCCACAGCCACAGCCACAGCGAGACAUUAGAGUUGCUCAGUCUGUCGAAAACAGCUGUACUCCACCUCAGGUCGUUCGUCUUGUCCAAGUUGAGGCACCCAGAGCCUGCCCUCUAGUAGUAACUCAGGCGACUGCACCCUUACAAGCUCGUUACAGCCAAGCUAUUGAAACUCCUAAACCAGAAAUGGCAAUACAGCCGAACAGACCCAGGUCUCCACCUCCAUACAGACCACCUCCAAGAAACCCACAGGAUCUGGUUGCCCUGGCAGCGCAAUUGAGUGCAAUGGGAGGAGGUGGCCCUAUAGCGGAUGAUGAUGAAGAUGAUGAUGAAGAUGAUGAUGGUGGUGAGGAUGGUAGCCAAGGUGAUGGUACAAUAUUAGCAUCUGAAAUCCCAAAACCACUACUCCUUCCGCAGCAACCAUAUGAUGAUGACACUAUGCACACAUUUGUAGUUCAUGAUGAGCAUGACAUAUUGAAUACCAGCAGUGCCAGUACAGAGAGCUCAACAAGCUUUGCCAGACAAGAAUCUGAUGCAGCACCAUUGAGGAGAAAUACACCGCCGAUAGCAGAUGCACCUCCAUUGCCACCAAGAACUACUUCUAAUAGAACACCACCAAUACCAAAACAUGCAGUAAACAAGUCUACACCACCCUCGUCACAAAGUCAUACCCCACCUAGACAAAUUACGCCCCCACAGACAGAAACAAGGAAUGAAGAGUCUCCAAGCAACAGAAGGGCCAGGCCAUCUGCACUUGUCAUCAAUAAUUCCAGAAAUAGUGAUGUGAUGCCGGACCUGUUACCACAGCAACAGUCUCCAACAGACUACUAUGGAGCAGGCUAUGCACAGCCACCACAAGAAAAAGCUGCCUCCUCUGAGGUACCGUAUCGCCAAGCAGUCAGCAGUCCCAAGUCUCAACUACCACAUAAGAUGUCUUUCAGUGCAUAUGGAUUUGGUGCUAAGACACCGAGUCCCACAACGACAUCACCCCCUGCAAAGAAAGGAGCAAAUAUCAGUGUAAAUGUUAAACCUAUCACGCAAGAAAGUAUCAAUGACAUGCCAGAAAUCAGAAAGUACCGCAAGAGAUUCAAUUCUGAAAUACUUUGUGCAGCACUCUGGGGUGUUAAUUUAAUGGUUGGCACCGAUGCUGGUCUUAUGUUACUUGAUCGAAGUGGACAGGGUAAAGUUUAUUCUCUUAUAUCAAGAAGGCGUUUCCAGCAGAUGGAUGUGUUAGAAGGGCAGAAUAUUUUGGUUACUAUUUCAGGUAAAAAGAACAAACUGCGAGUAUAUUACCUGUCAUGGCUUAAACAAAAGAUACUGAAAAGUGAAGAUACUUUACAAGAGAAAAAGAAGCCAAGUUAUGUUUCUGUAGGUGACCUGGAAGGAUGUGUUCAUUACAAAGUUGUGCGAUACGAGAGAAUUAAAUUCCUUGUGAUAGCACUGAAAGAUAGGAUAGAAAUCUAUGCAUGGGCUCCUAAACCUUAUCACAAGUUUAUGGCAUUUAAGUCUUUCAGUGACCUGACACAUAAACCAUUGAUUGUUGACCUCACUAUAGAAGUUGGAAGUCGACUUAAAGUAGUAUAUGGAUCCAGUGCUGGAUUUCAUGCCAUUGAUCUGGAUUCAGGACUUGUUCUUGACCUUUACACCCCAACACAUCAACUUUAUAAAAGUAUUGUUCCACACUGUAUUGUAAUCUUGCCAAAUACCCAGGGUCUUCACCUUCUAUUGUGUUAUGACAAUGAGGGUGUUUUUAUUGAUACUUAUGGUAAAGCAUACAAAGACGUCAUACUACAAUGGGCAGAAUUGCCAACAUCUGUUGCAUAUGUUGCAAGUACUGGACAGAUUAUGGGAUGGGGAAACAAAGCCAUUGAAAUCAGAUCAGCGGAGACCGGUCAUCUGGAUGGAGUAUUCAUGCAUAAAAACAGACAAAAACUUAGGUUCUUGUGUGAAAGAAAUGACAAGGUUUUCUUUGCGUCCAUUCGUCCUGCCAAUUCUCAAGUGUAUUUCUUAACACUCAAUAAACAUUCUGUGGGAAUGGGAAUCGGAACGUGGUAAUCUUGAAAAAGACUUUCUGAUGAGAAGAUCUGAUUGAGGUGCUACUGCUUCCUGGAUAUUUAUUUGGUUUUGAACUCAAUGUGAUGCAUGAUGAGUUGAGUUAAUUCUUUUGCCUUGUGACCAAAAUGAGGCUUCAAUACCAUCGUUGAGUAUAAAUAGCUCAUUCAUCUUGAGCUGAACUUGUGGACAAUGCUUAUGACAAUAAGUUUAUGGAUGGUCACAUGAUGCAUGAUUAAUGCUGUGGAACAUUGAGGGAUGGGGUAACAGUUGACAGCCAGUAUUGCCUUUGAUUCAAAGUCAGACAAAUUGUUUAAAUUGUUUUUGAUCUUUUUUUGAGACGGAGGGGGGGGAGGUGUUUUAAUAAACAAAUGUUACAUGUAAAUAUGUAUGUUUAAUUAAGUUGCUUAGAGACAUAGUAGCAAUGCUCAUGACAAGGUGUAAAGGGCAGACCACAUGGCAUUGGUCUUUAUAAGUUAUAAGAAUGUACAGCGUUUCUGUAUUUAUUGUGAACAUAACUUGAAAAUAUCUCAAGAAGUACACUUGUUAGAGAAAAAAAAUAUGGAGAUGGGUUGGGGGAGGGGUUUCAGUUGAGACUAAAGUUCAGUGAUGGAUUGUUGACAGGUGAUUGUCACUGCAAUUACCUGUGCAUAACUACAGACACUUCUACCACCGUACUCCAAAUCAGUGUUGUCAUUUUAGAACUUCAAAGUUUUUUCAAGCUGAUGUGUCACUCAUAUACAUCCAUGCAGCCAAUAAUGUACUACUACACAUACCAAGAUGGUUCCUGUGUUUUAAUAACAAGUUUUGAAUGGUUUGACUCACAUGGGUGCAGUGUUCAGAACCUGGUCAUCCAAUGUGAAAUAUUGUUUUUAACCAAUGCAAUGAUUUAGAGCAGGGGUUGUUAAUGGUCCUGCAAUUUUAUAGUACCUUUUUUUUACACUUGUACCAUGAAUAGGAAUCCUUUAACAUAUGUCUUGUGUCUUGUUUAUUUGAUGUUACAAAUGUUCAGUGGCCUUUUGUGCAUUACUGUUUGACGAACUGUUCUCUUUUUAACUUUGCCUUCUAUUCAAAUCAGUUUUGAAAACCUGGGGAGAUGGUGAGUAUUACGCCUCUUGGUGGCAUCUGGGUUGGGGUUAUAGCUGUAACCUUCUACCAUACAAAGAUUUGCCUUAAAAUGUUUGUGUUUAUUAAUUUAACAAAUCUCCAAUUUACUGGAAAAGAUACUGUCAGCAACUUGAUAACAACAAUUAUGGAAACAUUCCCGACUAUGUCACUCUAUUGUAUCAUUUCAUGUAUGUUUCUAUGGUUACUAAAUUACUGUAUACAGUAUUUUUAAAUAAAAUCAAGUCAUUUUUACUAAA